GCCAGUGCAUAUACUCGAUGCCACACCGCGUGCGUGUACACUCGUGAACCUCAAUGUUCAGUUGAAAUUGCUCGCAGCCUGCCUGGAAUACUGGACAAAAUGAAAGGGGAAGAAACGACCACUUGCGGACCUAAGGAUGGACUAGUCUUCAAUAAACGACAUAUCGACUUGAAGGAUUUCAUCUUCGAGGAGGGAGAGCAUUGUACCAAGGGGGUAAAUUAAGCGAGUCUUGUUGCGGUCGCGAGUGAUACUGCACCAGUAGUCAGGCGAUUGCGACAGUAGACUGCGGUGAAAGGAGUAUAAGAAGGGACGGUACUUGGAUAUUAAAGAACAAUAUUUGCUGAGUUAUCCGAACUGAGCUGUGAGGGAUCUGUGAUAUUUGACGAGGCUUUGUGUUCACCAUUGAUGUGGUAUCACCAUGUGUUUAACUUAUGGCGCAAUGUAGAGAAAGUGGAUAACAAUGCAUUGGCAAUCGUGGAAUGAUAUCUGGGGCUGUUUAAUCACUCCCUCGUAGCGGUAACCUUGCGGUUCAAUCGUAGGAGGAGGAGGAGGAGGAGAAGGUAGGAGGCAGGCAUCCUGGACGACCUGUUGCCAUGGAUACCGGCUUCUCUUUUACCCCGUCCGUCUUCAUUUGCGUGAGGGAGCUCCAGAGUUGGACCCAUGAAGUGUCAGCGAGCCCCCCUCUGCGACGAGACGUUACGACAGUCACUUCCCCUCUAGCAUCAAGUUUCCCAGACUCACUCUAAGAAGAAGAAGAAGAAAAAACUCCCUUUUGCUCGCUUUUUGCUUGGCGAGAAUCAGAGAGAAAUUCACCCGGAGCUGGGAUUUAUUGCGGUUAAGGGAUCAAUAAAUAAAUCAAUGCUUUUACCACUCUCUAUGCAUACCAUAUAGGCGCGGUUAGAUUUGCUAUAUAGAAUAGAAAAUAAAAUAAUAAUAAUAAAUCAAUAAAGGCUGAGUUGCGGUAAACAUCAGUGCAAACGGACACGCCGGUAGCAGGACACGCAAGACUAAAUUUUCCGUGUUACCCUGAAGUAAAAUUUACCAGCAGUGGAGCUCACGAAUUACUGCUGCUUCCUGCGCUGGACGCCAUAAUGACUCGCGGAGAUGGCGUAGUGGUAUCGUAAAUUUCAUCCGUGGAAGGGAAAGUGGCAAUUAGCUAGCUGUCCACCAUGUUUAACAUGGGAGCAGUGAAAGCCUUUGAUGUCUUUCUGGACGACGAAUUGGAAGUUUAUCACAUUGGCGAGUCCAUGAAGGGAAGAGUGGUGGUGUCGCUGACCAAGGAUCUGGCGAUGAAAGGAAUUCGAGUGUCCCUGAAGGGUGAGAUUCGGACGCAGUGGAGGGAGAAGAUAAGGUCAGCCACCGGACAGAAGCGGGCCGGAACGUGCCUACGAGGGGCGGAGCAGUUCAUGUUCGAUCGAGCCACCGUCUGGGGAAAAGAACUAGACUCCGACGAUGAUUCCGAGAUCCCUCUCCUACAAGCAGGCUCCCACUCCUUCCCCUUUCAAUUCCACCUGCCGACCCAGCCCAACCUGGCCUGCUCCUUCGAGUGUGAUAGGAUAGCGUGCAUCAGAUACUUCGUGCAGGCCAACAUGGAUAUAUCCUGGGCGGUCGAUCCGGUGGCCGAGCGUUAUUUCUCCUUCAUCGGGUCGCCUAUCAACUGCAACCUGCCCAAAUUUCUGAAAGUGGUCCACGCCACUGACCGUAAGACCAUCCGGUGCUGCUGCCGGUCCAGCGGCCCGAUCGCCCUGAAGGCUGAAAUGCAACGAAGUGCCUACUGUCCCGGAGAAUUCGUCAACAUCAGGACGCGCCUAGACAACAACUCGGCCAACACGAUGAAGCUGGGUGUGCGAUUUGUACAGAAUAUCAGCUUGGUUGCCGAGAAUCCCAAGCGACGAACCAAGACGGGUUCCUACGAGAUUCUAUGCUACACCAGUCCCGCCGUCUUGCCUGAUCAGGAAUAUAUCCUGGAGACAGCUCGAAUGUUGCAGAUUCCCAUAGUACCUUACACCAUUGCGUCGAGGCUGAUUCAAGUUGCAUACCUAAUCGAGGUUUUUCUGAUGGUAGACGACAAGCAAGCAUUGGAGAUCUACUUCCCCAUCACCGUUGGUAACGUGCCUUACAAAGAUAGCUCCAACAGACCCAAACAGAUCAGCUACGGUCAUGCUUGUCCGCAAUCGUGUGGGUCCAACACGGGCUACAUGCAGUACAACGACGGAGACCGUAUUAUGCAAGUCAAACAGUUCACCCCGCUAUACCUCACCGCCUGCGCAGUCAUCGUCCAAGACUACCCUACCACUAACGGAGCCAUACCAGGGAACCACCCGUCCACCACGGCGCAAAGCAACGGCUACCUGCCUGGUGGAUCCGGACGGGCUAAUGGAGCCCCACGGAAUCAGCUCAGUGCGCAACCGAGUGUUAACAGUCUACUGCAGUACGGACACUCGCGUUCCAGUCUUUCUUUACACAAUGGCAGCGGAACGCAUCAGCAACUGGACGAUCCUUCGGUUAUAGCGAGUAAAUCCAGCGGUAGUAUUACCAAGUACAUCACCACUAGUACGAACAAUUUACCGCUGAGCCGUAAACCCUCUAGUUCCGACACCAACCCGAUCUACCAGAUUUCCGGGCAAGAGAGGUUUACACCAAUCGGUAUCGAUCUCAAUUCCAACGCGAACUGUACGGCCAGCGAAGGCACCACAACGGCCGAGGACCAAGAACUUGCCGAGGUCAUGGCCCGGCACCAGACUGACUACUAUGCAGUGGAAUACGGCGAAGGAGGCCGGGUCUACGCCUGCCACUACGUAUGACACACAAUAGUGCUUGGACACUUGAACUUUGAACUUUUGACAUUGCAGCUUGAGUCUGCGUUCAACCUUUUGUUUUCCCCAAUUCCUCGAACAUUUUGAUGGGGCAAAUGUGAGGAGGUUAACGAGGCUGCGACUUUAUUGCAAUUUUUUGAUAUCAAGAUAUUUUCACACUUCUAGUACUUUUGGAAGCCAGUGCAGUGACGAUGUUGGUUUGAAACUACAUGUUUUCCUAUUAUUUUUCAGAUGGGAAAAAUCUACAAAAACAGAAUCGAAGUCUUU